UUUUCGUGGAGCCUGUCUUGACAUUGAGUAAUACUACAUCCGCCUAUGUGGACUCAGUUCUGCUGCGCACACGUUUGAGACAUUGUCCAGAGUCUGUCCCACAGAUUCUUAUUUGAUCCAUUUAUCGCAAUUUGCUGAAGAGGCAAUUGAGGAUUCAGUAAACAUGCUCGAACUCGUCGUCCAAACCUUCUAAUCAGUCAAAUGUUUUAGGAUCGCCCCUGUUCGAUGCUGGCUAUACAUGUUCUGCGCCUCGAUAUAUCUACUCAAGGCAAGUUUCAAGCUUUUGCCUCAUUCUCGAUACUACUGAUUCUCAGGCCACCCUCAGAAGAAAUGAAGAAGUUGACGGCAGUUCAAUAAGUCUUAUUUUGAAGGUUAUUGAUGGCAUCAAGUAAAAUGCCCCAGACGAUAUCCACAUGUCUAGGCACUACGCAGUUCUGCUGGAAAUUCUCGUUAAUGCAGCGGUGCGCACAUCGCAGCCAGCCACAACCCCGCGCAACAGAGUGGAUAAUAGCAGUCGUACAUGUACGGGUGAAUCAAAACAUCUUUUCUUUGGGAUUAACUGCUCAGAUUUCGGGCAGGACUGGAUAUGGGACCCCAGUAUAUGGGAAAGCUUGCCUGACAUGGUCGGAUUGGACAUUGUGCCCGGCUUUGUUGAGAGUAUGGGCGUUGAAUGAAUUGAUUCAAUCUAAUACGAGCUUGUUAUGAAUACAGCAGGGCCUGGCUGUUAGAAUAUAGAGAUAACAACGCAAAG